GGGCUCAUUACACUCCGCUUUGCGGAUCAUAGACAAGUUGGGUGUGUGAGAAAUAGUUAGGUCUACACACACAUCCAAUCUAGUUUCUGCCAUAUUGCUUUCACCUAUUCAGUCUGAUCAUUUCGGGAAAGGGAGUGAGCGAGGAUGCAAGGGAGGAAGCAUCACAUAGAAUGAAAUACAGCCAGUGUGCAGCGAAAAGCACCCAAACUUCUGCGCACGUAAACAUCGCAAACAUUCAUUCAAGAAUGCCGGCGAAAGAUGGAAGUUCCGUUAUUUUGAUGUCUUUCUUGACGACGAGGUGCUGAUGGCAUAGUGGUGUGAGUAAUGGCAUGGCCCAGAGUCCCAUGCCUCCUGUUGAUCCUGCUGCUCCUACUACACACCUGCUUACCUCAACCAGGACCUCCAUCUCCUCCCUCCACUCCACAGUGUCACAUCCCCUAUACGGAGGGACGACAGGCAGAUAUCCACUGUUUCUGGGAUCCAGGACAGGACCCACAGAUCCCCACCUCCUACAGCCUGCAUUGGAAUUCUACGGAGGGCAUUAGCAGCGCGGUGGAGGGCACCAAUGUGAGUGGCGUGAUCCCUCGUGAACUUUACACCAGUUACAGUGACCUGACUGUGUUGGUCAAAGCUGCGAACCAGCAUGGCUCUGCCACGUCUACAAUGGCUGCCUUCAACACUGGCGAUAUCAAAAAGCCACCCACCCCUGAAAUCACUCACUAUUGCCCUCAGCCUCUGGAGAUCUACUGGAUUGUGCAGUGUGAGGAUCAAGGCAGCUCUGACCAACUCUGUGAGGUCCAGUAUCGUACCCAGGACCAGCAGGGCUGGACUCAGAAAGAGGACAUCCUACGCAGCUUCCUGCUCCUGACUCCACGGCCCUACACUGUUUAUGAGUUCCAGGUGCGCUGUGCCUGUGAGGGCCCUCAGGCCCUGAUGAGUGACUGGAGCUCAGUCUACAAAGCAUGGAGUUCUGAGUCAGCGCCUGUGAAAGCAUUGGAUGUGUGGAGUGACUGUGGAGUCACCUCUGAGCCACCUCAAUGUGCCCUUAUGUGGAAGGAGAUGCCCACCUGGUUGGUUCAGGGGAAGGUGCUGGGGUACGUGGUGACAUUAUCAUACAGUAACGGGACAGUGGCGGUUGUGAACGUGUCCAUGUCAGAGCCUGGUGACCUUUGUGUCUGUCAAGAGAAGAGAUGCCGCUUCACACCCUCUCUGCGGGGUGUAUCAGGGGUGGAUGUGUCCGUCUACAAUUCCCAGGGUGCCACCAAACCUGCUCCCCUAGCUCUACCCACAUCAGGUCUACAGUUGCCAGAGCUAUCCUUCACUGUGAACCAGGAUAUAUUGAGCCUCAAUGUAUCCUGGUCUCUGCCACCCCAGCCCAUUGAAAACAUGCAUGAGUAUGUGGUGCAGUACAAGCAGGUGGGACUUCCUCCGACACAGGGCUUUGAUUGGAUAAAAGUGCACCAAAAUCAUACGUCAAUCAUUUUAAGAGGUGAUUUUGAGAACCACACUGCCUACAAUGUGUCAUUGUUUGCAGUGUUCAUCAACAGUAGUUGCCUGCUUGCGUCUGCAAUCUCGUAUUCUCUUCAUGGACUCCCACCCAAAGUGACUGAGUUCAAGGUCCAGUACAUCUCUGACUCUAAUGUGACUUUGUCCUGGCAACACAUCUCCCUGACCCAGAGUAAGGGGCUCAUACUGUGCUAUCAGCUGGUAUUAAACAACGUUACAGUGUACAACGUGAGUAGGGACCAGAACAGCCUUCAUCUGUUAAGACUUACGUCGGGUCACCACCAGGUUUGGAUCAGGGCUGAGACUAAGGCUGGACUGGGACCCAGUGAAACCAUCACCUUCUCUACUGAGAACAGCCCUG